AUGGAGAGAAAGUUGGCGGACCAAUUUCAGAUCGCAAAGAAGGCGGCCAAAACUGUUAGUCUCAAGGGAGUCUUGGCGAGUCGACAUGACGAAUCGCAAUGUGUUGACACACUGAAUCAACUCAAGACUCUUCGUGUUACCUCUCGUCUUCUCGCCUCCGCCAAUGUCGUCAAACCCCUGCAAAAUCUCACCCAGCAUCGCAGCAAGAAAAUACGCUCCGCGGCUUCUUCUUUGCUCGAAACCUGGACACCCUUCAUUACAAGAACAAGAAACAACGCCGAUACUGAGAAUCUCAAACCAAAGAAUUCAAUGAUCAAGAAAGAAGCACCGCUACUGUUAGCUUCCAAGAAGGAGAUGAUCAGAUAUUCAACUACUGCGUACUGCGACGGUACUGCCUCGCGCGACCAGGUGCGCGGACUUCUCGUCGAGGCUCUGCGUAAAGUCACCGACGAGGUUGACGAUGGUGAUGAGGAGAUGAUGAAACGUAAGCUGAGAUAUUCUGACCCAAUCAAAGUUGCUGAUUCUGUAGAGAGGGUUCUGUUUGAGAAGCUGGGUACUUUCAAUGGCGAUGGAGCGUCACCGAUAGAUCAGCUUCCGAAAAAGAUAAAGUACAAGUUGAUAAUGUUCGCCAUGAAUGAUCCCGAGAACCGAUAUUUGAGAAGAAAAGUGCUUGUCGGGGAGAUAAGUCCGGAGAAACUCGUGGAUAUGAAGGCGGAGGAGAUGAGGGAGAAUCGCCGGCGACGGGAGAUUAAUAAACGAGUAAUCAAAGAAUCAGCUCUGUUAUGGCCUAUAUGGUGUUAA